AUGGACGAUGGCCGGACAAGAGGCCGAAUUGCACAACCCUUGAAUCCUCAUCUAGUAUCUCAUAGCCACGGCGACUCUUCUAAUUCGCAAAAUGGGGAUAUAUCCACAAGCCUAGCCAGUGUCAAUUGUCGCUUCUUCGCUUUAGGGAGAUGCCAAAAAGGGAGUCAGUGCCGAUUUCACCACGCAGAUGCGAAUGAAUCAAAGCCUAGCGAAGCCCUCAUUCAAUGGAGAACGGCGCAAGAUCAACAACAGGAGCCAAACUCUGGCAUUCUGCCCGUCCUUGAGCUAAAUGAGAAGGUGAAGUCUAUCAUCAAAGAGUUAGGAGGAGCCGCUGUGGAAUUUGGUGACGGAGCUGCAGUGGUCAACAUCAAGAUUGCUGCAGCGACGCAAGCUCGUCUGCAAAUGAGCAAUGUCAACUGCACAUGGUUUCGACCCUCUAAAUCGGCAAUGCUAGAGUUUACAUCUGUCACCGCAAUGAAUGGAGCCAAAGAAGCUCUAACAAGCCCAAAUAUCCUCAACAGACGUCUUGACUGCAGAACGGAAAUCGACAGGACAGAAAGAACGUGGAAAUGCCUGAUCAGAGUACGUAGUGUGGAUACUUCAACGACUUAUGGUGACGUGAAGAAUGCUUGUGGGGAACACUGGCCAAAGAACGUGACAUUCGGACCACCAUCAUACUCAUCAACUCCUGAGGAGAUCGGUGAGGCGAUACGGAAGUUGCUAGCAUCUUGCUACCCAGUAGAGGCCUGGACUUUGACGCCACGCAUGGACAGCGUAUACGCCACGGGCACAGCAAUCUUUGCGAAGCCAGAGCACGCCUCCAAGGCUGUAAAAGAUUUUGAUGGGUAUAUGCUGCCCCAUUUAGGCGGAUCGACGGUCCAGAUGUCCUAUAGGGUAAAAGCCAAGCUUUCAAUAUUGACGCCAAUGUUCUUCGCGGUGUCGAAAGAACUGCCCAACAUAACACUUGGCUUCCAGCCAGAAAGCCCCUUAAGGAUCAAAGUGUAUUACUCGCCAAACCAGAGAGAUCGCUUUACUACGCUCCACAUUCAAUCCAAUUCUACUCAGGAUAUCAGCAAAGCCAAAGCCAGGGUCGAAAUGAUACUUCGUGGUCAUACAGCAAGAAGUGCAAAAGAGAUAAUCUGGCAUGAUUUUUUCUUGAAAUCGGAAGGGCUUGCGUACCUGAAUACGCUUAGCAAAAAAUACGAUGUCUACAUAUUCCGAAAUGCAAAGAAGCGCGUCCUGAGUCUAUUUGGAGCAGAAGAACAAAAGGCCCUUGCCGAGUCGAAGCUGAUUCAGACACUGGAGGACUUGGCUGCUGCUACACAUGAGCUCGAGCUAGAUUCGGAUCUGCCAUUCUCUGUCUCCCAGGUUGGUUAUCGGCGUAUUGUUGCCAAAUUCGGAAAGUUGGCCGCAAGACUUAACAUGACGAAAACACCCAGGACAAUCACUAUUCAAGGCUCGAAGCAAGCAUUUGAAUGGGCACAAGCUACGUUGAAGGAGGCAUCCCUAGCGCCUAUCAGACCAGUAACAGAGGGAACUGAAGAGUCGUUAUGCUCCAUCUGCUACUGCGAAAUGAGUGAACCAUUCGCUAUGCCAUGCGGCCACCAAUAUGAUCCCGAAUGUCUCGUGAGCCAAUGUGCCCUCAUCGAGCAUAAGGACAUUCCACUCAAGUGUCUUGGCAACGAUGGUCAAUGCAACCACAUUCUGUCCAUAGAAGCCCUCGAGUCGAUACUGACUCGAGAUCAACUGGACGACCUGUUCGAGCGAUCAUUCCUCCAACAUGUGAGAGCCCGACCAGCCCAAUACCAGUACUGCCCUACCGCAGGCUGCGAUAACAUUUACGAGAAGUCCGAUAAUAGCAAGGCUUUCACAUGCCCAACCUGCGUUAAUGUGAUUUGUGCAGGCUGCGGAUCAGUAACGCAUGAAGGACUCACCUGCGCGCAGUAUGAGAGCGCAGUUCAUGACGGCGAGGACGAGUUUGCGAUAUGGAAAACAAAGAAUAAUGUCAAAGAUUGCCCCAAAUGCGGAUUGGCAAUCGAGAGGAUCGACGGGUGCAAUCAUAUGCAUUGUGAAGCUUGCAAGACACACAUCUGUUGGAAAUGCAUGGCCGUGUUUAAUACCUCGGACGAAACAUACGAUCACAUGACAGAUGAACAUGGUGGAGUCUUUGAUUUCGUACAGGACGACCUUCCACCGUACGAUGCCCAGCAAAGAGAGUAUGCUCGCAAUGUCGAUCGUCCGAAUUGGGCUCCAAUUGACGAUGCCUUGGAAGGAUGGUGA